AUGCCCAUUCGAGUCCUCGAAUUCUACUCUGGCAUCGGCGGGCUUCACCGCGCACUGUCUCAGAGCAACGUAGAAGGUGAAGUAGUCUGCGCAUACGACUGGGAUCAAUGUGCCUGUCGUGUAUACACGACGAAUUACGGCGCCAAUAUAGUAAAGAAAGUCGAUAUCUGCACCUUACAGGCGUCGGAUCUUGCUGUCCACCAGGCUGACUUGUGGCUUUUGUCCCCAUCGUGCCAGCCGUACACCGUCCUCAACCCUCUAGCGAGGGGUGCAGAAGACCCGCGUGCCAAAUCCUUCAUCCACCUCAUAGAACACGUCCUCCCCCAGCUGGUAGCCGAGGGUGCGCACCCCAGUUACAUGUUGAUCGAGAAUGUUGCUGGAUUCGAGACAUCCAGCACUCGACAUCGACUCCUAGCGACGCUAGAGUCUUUGAGGUACUCCAUAGUCGAGCUGCUUCUGACGCCUCUGCAAUUCGGCGUCCCUAACUCUCGUCUGCGGUACUACCUGUUUGCAAAGGCAAAACCACUCGGUUUUAGAACAGUGGAUAUCUUAGAAUCGGCCCCGGAGUCACGAGUAUGGCGACAUAUCCCUGGUCGUGGUGAAGAUUGGGUCGACCCAAGGUCAGGAGAAGAGAAGGCACAGAAAGAACAGGACCCCACCGCGGAGAUACGAGAAUACCUGGAUGCAGAACCCGAUAAUUCAUUGGUACAUCCUAAUGCCGUCCCGGACCCCGUCCUAGAGAAAUGGGGGCGCCUGUUCGACAUUGUUCUGCCAUCAGCAAGGCGAAGCUGUUGUUUCACGCGAGGGUACGCGAAGAUGGCUGAACGUUCCGGAUCUGUAUUGCAAAUGAACGAGGAGCUUGAUACCACGACCGUAUUCGAUAGGUUCCUUGCGGCUCAGAGACGUGGUGAGAAGGACGCAGUGCGCAUCCUGGCCCCCCUGCGCCUAAGAUAUUUCUCGCCUACGGAGUUACUGCGAUUAUUUUGUUUCUUGCCACUCGUGACUGCAAGCCCUGUCGCAGACGCCAGUAUCAAUCAUGAAGACUUUGGCUGGCCGACAGACCUGUCGGUGAAGACGCAAUACCGGCUGAUCGGAAACAGUGUCAAUGUGCGGGUGGUUACGGAGCUCAUAAAUUACCUCUUCGAGUGA